AACGAUUGCGGCCAGUAAUGUACGCAGCAGCACAAUAACAUCAAAUGGUGAAGUCGGAAGAAUUUGACGAAAUCAUGGAACUUUCUGGUGUCGGAGAACGUGUUUUCGCCGCCGAGCGCAUCGAAAAGAAGCGGAUACGUAAGGGCCGAGUGGAAUAUCUCGUGAAAUGGAAAGGCUGGAGUCCGAAAUACAACACAUGGGAACCGGAAGAAAAUAUACUCGACGAUAGAUUACUGGAAGCUUUCGAACGGAGUUUGCAGGAGAGGGGCUACACUGGCUUGAAGAGAGGUCCGAAACCGAAAAAACACUUGCUACAGGUGAGUGUUUGUUCUUGUUUACAUCGUUCGUCGCGGAAAUGCACACAUGUACGAAAUGCCUACGCUCGGCGAAGUGUGGUUUUCGUCUGACAAGAGAAGUACUACUCGGAUUCUGUAUGCCGAGACGUUUAUAUCUGCACAAUGUUAUUCUAUUCCGGUAGCAGUAACUGGCUCGUGUGUUCAGCAACGUGCAUCCCUGCAGAGUGUUAUCGUUCUCCGGCCGACUGGUAACGGUGGGACUGUGAAAUGUAGUAUCUCGUAGGCUGCAAACGUAAUAAGUAGAACGGCAACUGUCGAAGAUUUCGCAAAAA